AUGUCGCCGGGCCCGAAGCCCUUCCGCGGGCCUCCCUCGCCGGCCCCCCGUCGGCGCUCUGCAACCCGAGCCCCGCGCCUCAUGGCCGCGCCCGCCGCGCCCCCUCCGGCCCACCACGGAGGUGGCACUUUCCGCGGUCGCAGCGGGGGCCUGGUUGGCCCGGGCCCGUGUUGGCCCUCAGUAGGUCCCCAGCCAGCGGCCGUGACGCUGCUCCGCAGCCCAGAGGCGUGUCGGAGACAUUUAGACAUGCCCCAAGAGCUCAAGACUGGCCAGGCCCGGGCAGGCCAGAAGAGACAGCCUGGUACAGCCAUCUUCUGCAGUAACUAUGACCUGGACUACAAGCUGUACAGGAAAGAUGUCCCCUACAGGGUGUAUGAAUACCAGAGGAUCCCCCCACUCAUCAACCGCGUGCCUGUCAAGAUCCGGAAGACUCACGUGGGCAUGGGGGUCAAGAGCAGCUUCAGCCCUCACAAGGUCCCCAGGAAUAGUCACCUGGCCCCAAGGCAGAUAAAGCUCCGGAUUGAGGAGCUGCACGCCAUCAGAGGGGAGCUGAGCCAAAUCAAAGCCCAGGUAGACAGCCUACUGGAGAGCCUGGAGCACAUGGACCAGCAGAGGGACCAGCCUGCAGGGACAAAGGAUCAUGAAGAGAACAGGGGUGCUGGGAGUGAGAAGUUCUCACGUGGAACCACCGAACCCCCGCAGGAGCCCAAGGCCCAGAGGGCUGCUCCGGAGGCGGACAGCUCUGAGGAGAGCACAGACACAGAGGAGCCAGUGAGUGGCCCGACCUCCACUCCUCCUCUCCCUGCUUGUGUUUGGGUCCUUGUGGCUUCCCUGUGAGCAAGGGCGGGGCUGGGGUUUGUGCAGGAGCCUACGGUGGUGGGCAGGGGAGGCUCGGGUGGAGCAAUCCCAGGGAGUUAGCAAUGGAUGGAUAUACUGAUCAUUGUAGCUGGAACGUCACAGGUGUGCCUCAUGGCUGCAGACUCCUUACCUGAGAACCACCUGGUGAGCUUGUUAAAGCCCAGGUUUCUGCACUCCUCCCAUCCCAGGUCUGUGGGCUGUCUGCAUUGUACCAUGCUCCCCGGGGAUGCUGUGUCAUGCUGACCUCCCUGGAGGAACAGUACGGCCAGGCCUUUAAUGUGUAGUAUUAAAGGACAAAAUAGCCCCUACUCUACCCACUUCUCCUCCCCUAUCUGGUGGUCCCUGCAAAGACCAAACCUCAACUGGUGUAUGGGCCCCCCAGCAAGGUUGGGUCUGCUGGGGGGUUGGAACUUCCAAGCUUCUCUUGCACCCCACCGCCGAGCUCUGCCCCAUGGUCUGCUGGGCUGAGGGCCCUCACUCCUGCCCAGGGCCUGUGUCACAUUUUCAGAGAGAAUGGUUGCCUUUGCCUGGUGAUGCCAGGUUCCUUGGUCUCAGGAGUCUACAGUAGCACUGGGUUGUCCAAGGCUCCUGGAAACAGCGUUGGGGAGGGAGCUAGGUGUCAGCAGAUGACGUCCCUUUCCCAGCCAUACCAUGUCAUUGGGCCUCUAAGCCAGAGCUCUGCUUGUUUUCCCGACAGGUGAAAAAUCACAUAUUGGACCAGGAGAGCAGCCAGUAAAAGGUUAGAACCCUUCCAGGCUUGUCAGCUCCAGGCGUUUCCAGGAUGGUUCCCUUCCCUGCCUGUGUGUUUUGUGAAGGCCUUCCGGUGGCACCUGUUCUGGAGCUAGGGCAACAGAAGUGGAGGCACAGCUUGCCCAAACCAGCGUCCCAAUAAUGGUGGAUGUCCUGUGUCCAGGUAGUCCUGGGACUAGCAGGGCUGGAGGGGGAGGUGGCCUGGACUCCCAGCACCAGUCCCCAUCCUCAAGAAGCCAAGGCCAACUCGAAAGGGACAGAGGGACAGGGUCCCCUGAGAGCCCAGGAAGCAUCAUCAGCCCCCUCUGAAUACAGAUACGGCUUCAGCUGCUCUUUUCCCCUCCUGCUGCCCAGCAGCCGGCCCAGGCCACCUUCUCCAGCCACAGUGGAGCACAGGAAACAGAACUGUGUUCCUACAGGCCCCCUCCCAGUCUGAAGCAACUGUAUAUCCUGGGGAGUUCCUCACAUAACCCCUUUGGUUCCAGACUCCCCAUCCCCUCUACAUAGCCAUCCUUCAGAAUCAAGUGUAUUUUUAUGUCCUGUUUCUCGCUGGUGUGAUACUAUGUAUUUCAGAUCUGCUCUGGAAAAAUGUAUUAUGUCAGAAGGGGAAAAAUAAAAUAUUUUUUCUGGUCAGGAGUUCCUGAUGUGGUCCCAGUGCCUCAUUCUGGGUCUUGGGCUCCCCCAGGGCCAGCCCUUCCUAGAUAAGCAGAGCAGGCCCUUGAGACACAAGUUUGGAGGCUCACAGCAAGCCAGGUGCAGAAAGAGGACCAGGCUGCUGUGGUUCUGAAGGGCUGUCUCACCAGGCUUCCUCUAAUCCAGAACUGAGCAUGAACCCACAGGGCUCAGGUGCCACACAGGGCAGAAGACCGUACCUUCACAGUCAG